AUGGCUCCCAGCAGGUCAGAGUUGCGAGCGCAGGUGAUGAACCCUACCCCACAAUAUCUGAAAGACCUCGUGCUGGACUACUUGAUGCACAACUGCCACACAGGCGCCGCACGCGCUUUCAUGAAGGAGUGCGGCGUUACUCCAGCCGAUGGAGAGACGGACAGAGACAGAGAUGCAGUGAUAUUCGUCCCAGGCCACAAGCCGCAUAAGACAUCUGAGGAGGAACUCCGCACCCUUGAAGAAAGGCUCGCCAUGGGCGAGCUGCACAUCCGGAACCACAUACUGACAGGCCGGAUCGACGAGGCGACGGAGCUCCUCCAUAAACACUUCCCCACGGUGCUCUCGGACACACCUGAGCCUGGCGCGAUACCUCCCUCGAUCUACCUGUUCAAGUACCGGCCUGCGACGUCGACGGACCCAACGCAUCUUGCGCUUAAUCUCCGCAUCCAGGCAUUCAUCGAAGCAGCGCGUACGAUACCCCUCCCUUACUACCCUCCGGGCUCAGAAUCACCAUUACCGCAACCGCCGCUACUAUCUGCUGCUGGCCGGACCGCAAGCUCAGGAGAUGGCGAAGACGUGGACAUGUCUGAGAGCGACACCGAACUAUCAAACGCCCAGCUACUGCACCGUGCCCAGAGCCUGUACUCGGAAGUGAACCGUCUAUCACAGGCAAAUGAUCGCGCAAUGUACCUGGGCGAGCUAGGGCAGGUCGGAGGCAUCCUUGCGUAUACAGUCCCUGAAAGGAGCCCCCUCGCUAUGUAUAUGACGCAGGCUCGGCGAGAAGCGGUUGCAGACCAGAUCGACAGCGCAAUCCUUUACUGGGCGAAGAAGCCAACGAUAUCCCGUAUCGAGUUGUAUACGCGACAAACGGGCGUUGAAUGGUCCCUCCUGCACGAGAAGGAGAUCCCUGCACCGCCUCGUAACAAAUGGCCUGCCGGCGUUUCGCUGCCUCCAACUGGUCUCCCGGACCCGACAAUAUCAAUUAGGGACGGUGGCAGUCUGGAAAACGCCGUUCCUCCACCAAAGAAGGCGUCCACGGAGAAGGAGACAGAUGAGGUCAUACCGCCCUUCGAUCUCCAUCUCUUCGUCGAGUCUCAAGUUGGGAGGUAA